AUGGGCAGGUGGUACCUGGGUGGCAGCCCCGGGGCGGACGUGGACCCGUUCCACUACGACUAUGAGGUCGUCCGCAAAGGGGGCCUGAUCUUCGCCGGCCUGGCCUUCGUGGUGGGACUCCUCAUCAUCCUCAGCAAACGGCUGCGCUGUGGGGGCCAAAGGAAGCACCGGCCGGGCGCCGACGAGGAGCUGUGA